AUGUUAAGACAUCACGAUGACAAUAUUCCAUUGGCGAAUAUAUCUAUAAAACUAUUUUUAAACGAUCUUGAAGAAACAGAAGACGGAGAUAAGAUUAUUCAGGGAGAUAUCGUUGUACCAAAUAGUACCGAUUUACAUGAUUUAUUCAAAAAAUCGACAUCUAAUGUCAUAAGUUUAUGGCCUUUUGGACAAAUUUCGUAUCGUUUCCAUCACUCUGUAAACAAUGAAGUUAAGAAUAUAAUUAGAGAUGCUUUAAAAGAAUGGGAAGAAUAUACAUGCUUGAAAUUUCAUGAAAAAAUCAUAGAUUGGUGGUAUUUAAGAUUUAGAACGGAUAAAGCUGGAUGCUGGUCCUUCAUAGGUCAUCCAUUAAUGCCAUUUGAAGGGCAAGAUGUUUCUAUAGGACAAGGUUGUGCAACUGUAAGUAUAGUAAUUCACGAAGUUGGUCAUGCAAUUGGACUACAUCACGAACAAUCAAGAUUAGAUCGAGGAAAUCACAUUAAGAUUUUAUGGGAAAAUAUACCAUUAAGUAAGCACUCGCAAUUUCAUCUGACUUUAGAUUUUAAUCAUCAAGUAAAAUACGAUUUAUCGUCCAUUAUGCAUUAUUCUACUAUGGCAUUUAGUAAGAAAGCAUUCGAAAAAAAUACUAUUGUCAGUAGAAAUCCUCAUCUUCAGAGAUUAAUGGGUAGAAGUAAUAGCUUAAGUUUCCGAGAUGUAAAGCUUACAAAUAAAGUAUACAUGUGUGACUAUCGACUAAAUCACGGAAAUACAACUGGUUACAAUUCGUUCAACUCAUUCAAACCUCUAAAAGAAUCACACACGCCAUAUCAUUUACCUUAA